CUACAAUAAUAUGCAGCAGCAGCGCCGCAGCGAUGGCGCGGCGAAGGAACAACGUCGUCGCGUUGGCCAUCCUUGUUGUGAUCUUUGCGUCCUGCGCGCGAUAUGCAUCGGCAGUGGGCGGCACGCCUCAUUCAGACUUCAGCUACAAGGUGGGUGACCCCGAUGGGCCUGACAAAUGGGCCACAUUGCAGAAGGACUGGGCUAUCUGUGGCAGUGGCAAAAAGCAGUCCCCGAUCGACGUCGCCAAGGUGGAGGUCUCCAAGGAUUUAGGCCCACUGGAGCCCACCUACAAGGCUCGCGCCGCCGUCGUGCAGAACCGAGGCCACGAUUUCAUGCUCAACUGGACAGCACGGAACGGCGACCUGUCGAUCGAAGGGAAGAAGUACACGCUCCUGCAGGUGCACUGGCAUGCUCCCUCUGAGCACACUGUCAACGGCACCCACCUUGAUGCAGAGAUGCACAUGGUGCACGAGGAGUCCGCCACCAAGUCGAAAGCCGUCGUCGCGGUGCUGUUCAGCACAAAAGCAGGCACGCCCAGCAAGCUGCUCGGCGAUCUUAAGCCGUACUUCGAGAGGCUUUCUGGUAAAACGAAUGACACAGAGGAAGUGAAGGGCACCGUUGAUCCGUCAACUUGGAUAGACAAGGCCUCUGGCUACUACAGGUACGAGGGCUCGCUUACAACGCCACCUUGCACCGAAGGAGUGCUUUGGACUAUCAUGAGCAAGGUAGAAGAUGCAUCAAAGGAGGAGGUCGACUCGAUAGAUCGAGUUAAGAAGUCAUCGACACAGCCAAAUGCACGGCCGACUCAAAAAAUCAACAGCCGCAUUAUUCGCUAUUAUAAAGCAGGAGCCACAGAAGCACCAGCGUCAGCGCCAGCGCCCGCGCCAGCGCCCGCGCCAGGACCAACCUGAGAAGACCGUGAGCCUUGGAGAUGGAACAAUGCUUUUAACAUUCGUCUUUCUACUCUAUAGUUUGUGUCUUGAGUAUUGACAAUUUCUUUAGUGAAACAGACGGCAUAAUUGCUCACCUCUCAAGAGAUUAGGCUGGAAGAUCUUUGAUGAAUAGAAGUUAACAUAGAUGUCUUGCUGCCAAUAGGCAUGCCACUGACUAAUUAAAGAAUGAUUAUUAACUAGAAUUAUAUCCAUAUGUUGCAACGGAAAUAAAAAAUAACACCAUGAUAAUUGUAUUUUGCAUGUGUGUUGUACCAUAAAUAAAAAACAAUGUUUUGAAUGUGA